AUCUCGGAAGUGCUCGGUGACCCAGGGCGGGGCAGGCUCCAUGCCAGGCUGUGUGUCCCGGUUUUCAGCAGUCGAGCUCAGUUCCUGCUCCCGGUGCCCUGCAUGUGAGGCGGGAAGAUGGCGGAUCUCCGUGCCAUGGGGCUGGCUGCGGCCGUCCUGGCUGCCUCGGGCGGGCUGGCACUGGCUGGCUGGGGGUAUCUCUGCAGGAGGAGAAGAGGGGAGAACAAGGACAGCGCACAAACAGCGGGACAGAACAGCCGAGUGAUUGCUCUCACUGAGACAGAACCAGAGACCCCAGACAUCCCCAAACCAGGGGAACUAGAGACCCCAGACAUCCCCAAACCAGGGGAACUAGAGACCCCAGACAUCCCCAAACCAGGGGAACUAGAGACCCCAGACAUCCCCAAACCAGGGGAACUAGAGACCCCAGACAUCCCCAAACCAGGGGAACUAGAGACCCCAGACAUCCCCAAACCAGGGGAACUAGAGACCCCAGACAUCUCCAAACCAGGGAAACCAGAGACCCCAGACAUCCCCAAACAAGGGGAACCAGAGACUCCAGACAUCCCCAAACCAGGAGAACUAGAGACGCCAGACAUCUCCAAACCAGGAGAACUAGAGACCACAGACAUCCCAAAAUCCAAGGAACUUGAGACCCCAGACAUCACAUUAACCGAGACAAAACUAGAGACCCAGGAGAUUGCACAAACCAAAGAACUAGAGACCGAAGAGAUUCCACAAAUCAAAGAAAAAGAGGUCCCAGACAUCCCCAAAUCCGAGGAACUGGAGACCCAGGAGAUUUUACAAAGCGAGGAUUUAGAGAUUCCUAAUGAAAAUCAGAGCCAUGACAGCUUUCAUGAGUCUGCCGCAGCCACCCAGCACCAGGAGAUGCCACGGCCGAAUAAGCAAAUUUUGGUGCUGGGUCUCGAUGGAUCUGGGAAGACGAGUGUCCUUAAUUCCAUUUUAACCAACAGAGGAAAGCACAGUACAGCACCAACAGAAGGAUUUAAUGCAAUGUGUGUUAAUACUGGAAACUCAAGAAUGGAGCUUUUAGAAAUUGGCGGCAGUGAAUCAUUAAGGCAGUACUGGAAGAUGUACCUUCCCAGAGCACUGGCAGUGAUUUAUGUUGUGGACUCAGCAGAUCACAGUCGCCUCCCCCUUGCCAAAAGGCAUCUUCAUCAGCUGAUCCAGCAAGAUUCUUUGUUGCCCUUGUUGGUGCUUGCCAAUAAACAGGACCUUGCAAAUGCAUACCACAUCACUGAAAUUCACGAUGCUCUGGCACUUUCUGAAAUUUGCGUACACAGGAAGCUAUUUUUGAUUGGUACACAUGCGACAAUGGACGGUUCUGAAAUUUCUUCUGGUAUAGAGGACACUCGGGAAUUUCUCGCACAAAUCAUUUCUGAAAACUCUGCUAUAACAGUAUAAUCCCCAGUCACUCCAUCCCCCAAUAAAAAAAUAAGCAAAACCUCUGAAAUUUACUACCACUCCAAGUUUGUGUGCUCCCUAUGGAAUAAUGCCUCUUCCAAUAGCAGGAGAAUUGAUAGUAGGAUAGAUUAGAAGAGAAUCUGACCAUGCAUUGAACGAUGAAACAUCUCUUUAUAGCCCUUCUUAAAUGUUAUAUUUGCAGUUCUGUUAUUAAACAAACAUCUGUUUCAAAGUACAAA